UGGAAUCAACGUCAGUCAACGAGAUCAUUAAUCAAUGGGCACUUGCAAUCGACUUGAGACACCCAGAAGCAAAAAAGCCUAUCGUAGAUGAUGCCGGUCACCGAGAGUAGAAAAAAACCUCCUCCUUCGAAGCUCACACGGUCUAGAAUACGAAGCUAUUAUUCUGUUGGCGGCGGACGGUCCCUCACAUAUAUGAACAUUGGAGUGAACUACUGACAUGACCAUCUGCCUCUCAUUUGUUGCUUGAUAGUUGGCCAUCUCGCACUGCGGAGCACUCUUCAGCUCCCACUUCACGCACACACAGACACCCACACCCACUCACACACACACAAACUAUGUCUCCUCAGUUGCAAGUCUAGAACAGUGCCGGAAAUGCAGAGCGUGUGAGUGAGUAUGUGAGCAAGAGCCAGGCCUGAGGACGUGAAAUUACCAGUUUGUGUCGCUGAGUUUGCAGAGAAAUCAUGGGCAGGCCACAGAGAUACCGAGGGGUGCGCCAAAGGCACUGGGGAUCGUGGGUCUCCGAGAUUCGCCACCCGCUUCUCAAAACGAGGGUAUGGUUGGGAACAUUCGAGACCGCCGAGGACGCGGCCCACGCGUACGACGAGGCAGCGAGGCUAAUGUGCGGCGCGAGAGCUCGCACCAAUUUCCCCUACGACCCAAACGCACCCAAAGGCCUGAACUCGCAGAUGCUGUCAGCCACGUUGAGCGCGAAGCUGCAACGGUGGUACGUGCAGUCGCAGCAACGCGGUGGUGCGCAAGGGAAGACGAAAGACGCGCGCAUGACACAGUCGCUCACUUGCCUGUGCCUCGACGCGGAGCAAUCCAACCUCGGGAUAUGGCAAAAGAAGACGGGGAAGCAAGCGGAGGCCAACUGGGUAAGGAAAGUGCAAUUCCGCGACAAUGCCUCCCUCCAUGCCGAUUCACCGCAACCGGAAAAUUCCAGCGGGAGUUCCAUGUCGGAGGAGGACAAGUUCGCUGCCGAAAUGAUCGAAGAGCUCCUGGGCCACAGUCCCGGCCAAUUCUCCGACUUCGGCUCGCCGGCUUUGUCUGAUUCCAGCUGUAGCAGCAGUCCUUGCUCGGGCAUCACCGCUGCCUCCAAGUGGGACGUCUCUCUCUCGCAUUUCGAUUGCAUUUCGUCUUGAAGGAAAGAGCGUUUAUUGAUCUGCUGGAGAGGAAUGGCGCACACGAAGGACGACUGGAGUCCUCGGUCGAUCCUCCACCCACCAUGAGUUUCAUGAAACCUUUCAUGUGAUCCUGCCUCGGGAUUUUUUUUUUGCAAUUUGCCAACAUUGCCAACAGUCGUUCAUUACAUCCGGUUGCGUGGUAACCCAGAAGUAGGUAAAAAGUAGAACUCUCACUCUCUCUCUCUCUCUCUCUCUCUCGCACUCUCUUUCUAAUGUAGCUCGUAAUCUGUUUCCACCUCCAGUUCCAUGAGGUAGUAGAGGAACAGGACGAAGAUGAGCAAGUAGCAAAGAGUUUUACGCGAGGGUGGUGGUGAAAUACUAGGAGAUGUUAGUACGUUUUGGUGACUGUCGAUACAAAAGGGAGUCCUCUAGCACGGAGUGUGCACUCCUUGUUUAGACGUGACUCGGAUGCGUUGCUGCGAUGUAUACAUAGAUGCGGCAUCUGUCCCAAUCAAACUCAGAAAAAACCUCAAAUAUCAACCUGUAAUGUAGAAGUUGAAUGUUUCUUCUUCUUCUUUUUCUCCCCCA